GCCAAAAGAUUUUGUGCUUUCAGUCUGUCGUGGAUUAGCUUGGCGUGCGAAACAUAAAAUCUUCACUGCUGAAGAAAUUGCGAGCGAACCGCGUGUGAGCAUACAACACACAUAUCGAAUGGUCAUAUUUAUAUUUAUAUAUGUGAAAGUGUAUACAUAUGUAUAUUGCUAUGUACUUGAGUAUACGCGAAUUCGUACGCUUAUAGAUACGUGUGCACUUGUGUGUGUGUUUUUCAAUAUAAAUUCUUCGCCAUUGUAAAGAAACAACGCACAGCUGUUUGAGUGGUAAAAAGCAAAUUGAAAAAAAAAAGUAAAAAAUAAAAAAUUGUAAAAAAAUACAAAUUAAUAAUAUGAAAAGCGUGAAAUAAAAAGAAAAAUUUCUAUUAACGCCGCAGCUGACUACGCUGCAGGCUAAAAGUAACAAAAAAAAAUAUUUUUAGAAAUGAAAGUAUUUCAGCGUUGAAAUUUUCUCUCGACUUCAUUGUGUACGUUGUUAAAGGCGCACAAAUUACAUAUACCGACAUAUUGCUGUUGAGAGAAGCAGAGAAAAACCAGAAAAAUAAGUGAGCUUAAGAGCAAAAAACAUUGCCAAGCUUCGUACAAAGACAACAAAAAUAAAAUUAAUCAAAGCCUACAGUGAAACAGUGAAAGAAUUUAUUGGACUUGCCACCCGGCUCUAUCUCUUUGUCCCCUCACCACCAAAGUGGAGACAUCAAGUGUGGUCUCAUCGGUGCUAAAUUAAAUUUAUACCAACGAACACAAGAAACAGACAUUUACCGGCCUCCCACUGUGGUUAGAACAAAACCAAGAAGAAGAGGUAUAAGUUGAAGGAGCGAACAAGAAGAAGAAGAAGAAGAAUAAAAACGAGACGACAACGAGGCAGAAGCGUGCAAAAUAAAACAAACGGACUACAAGUCCGUACGAGGGCCAGUCAAAUGUAAAUGGAACAUUCAAUGCCGCUGUGAGAGCGACAACAACAAUAACAACAAGUAGGUGGAUGUGGGCAGCGCAAGGAGGCAAAUGUGUAAUAAAUUGCAUGAAAAACUCAAUCAUUACGCCAGCAGCAGGGAGCUAAUUUAGUUAGCCGUCAGCAACUAACAACCAGCGGUGAGGAGUAGGCGGCAAGAAACAGGGCAGCUGGGAGUAGUAGGUAGAAGCUCGACAGCCACCAGCAAAUGCAACUUAUCAAAUGAUAAACUAGCACAAUAGACUGUGAUUUGGUGCUGAGAUUUUGCAGCAGUUUUGUGGACCCCUCAUUCACAGUACACAUCAAUUAUAAGAGCAACAACAUCAUCAUCAUCCCCAUCCACAUUGUCAACCGCACCGAAUCGCAUUCCCAUAUAGAAACGAAGAAGAAGAAGAAGAAGAAGAAAAAACACAUAGAAUUUGCAUUUGAACUCAACAGCUGGUGAAUUUGAAGCGCCAAAGUCGUCAGCCAGCGGGCGUAUGCUGCAAGCGGCAAGUAAGAAAAUAUAUGAUAUUAGAGCAACAGCGUGACGGCAGCAAAGUGUCGGUGGUACCAGUAAGAAAGCUUAUGCGCCUUUGUGUCACUUGCUAAGUUGCCAUCAUUGGUGGAACAACAGCAACAAAUCACUGUCAAAGGAAUCAUUGUCAUAGCUACUGCACAUCAGACGAACGACGAACUCUAACUUAGGCGUCCGCUACAAUCGACCCAAGCUUAGUCGCCUGUGACAUUUUGUGACAGUACACAACUGCACACAGCUGUUUGGCUGGCCUUGCCAUCGGAAGGAGCUCACGGAGUUCGGAGUCGCACCGUACACAAAAUCCCCAAAGGCGCUUGUUUGGGCGGUGGCGUGUGUGGGUGGGUGAUGCCAACCCCAAUUGAGAGUAAAUGAUGAAGCACAAGGGUUCCAGUUAUUGCUGUCGCUGGUUCACACUUUUCUUGGUCGUCGCUAUGGGCAUUGUUCUUGUAUCGCCCGAUGUACAGGCACAACAUUUUGUUGACAACUAUAAAGAGGCAAAUGUAACGGUGUCGAGAAAAACUGCAACUACAGCACCUGCAACAACAACAAAAACAAAUCCUAUAAAAAUAAAAACGAGUGCGAGACGAACAAUCAAAGAGCUGGAAGCGAUGGGUUUUAUUGAUGCCAACAGGUACAAUGCCAACAACGGCGAUAAGGACAACUCCUAUUACGACAGCAAUAAUAAGAACACGGAUAGCAACAAAAAUGCCAGCAACAAUGUUAACAGCUACAAUUCAAAUUUGAUUGCCGGCAGCAACAACAAAGCAAACAUUUAUGAUUCAAACAACAAGGAGCAAUGGAGUCAGCAAGCGACGUCGAAUUUAGAGGAUAGAAGAAGCGAAGCAACCGACGAGGACGUGUUGCUGCAGGACAUAGAGGAAGAGCAUAUGGUUUCAACACCUCAAUCGAUGACAAUAACAUUACAAGGAGAAGAGCCCACAAUUGUGGAGUAUACCACAACAGCAGCAAACAGAAAAUUUAGAAUAACAACAACAGCAGCAACAACAGCAGCAACAUUACCACAAUCACCAAUCACCACGCAACACAGCCAUGCUGCGGGUGAUGAGGCAAUAAAGAUGCCGCCUGACAACGGAGCCAAUAUAAAUGUCAGCGACAUAAAUAACGGUACGAUGAUAUAUACGCAAGAGUUGCUGCCGUUACAACUACAGCUGCAGCAACAAAGCAAAAAACAUGUUCAAAAGCAGCAGCAACAGACACAACAACAACAACAUUAUUGGCAUAAUAAUAGACAGCUGAAUGGAGAACAGCAGCAGCAGCAACAACACCAACAACAACAACAACUAAAACAAAUAUUACAAAAUAUGCGGUAUGCAUUACAAAAGCAACAACAAGAACGUGUUGUUGACGUAAAUAGAAGAACAGAGAGUGAAACACAAAACCACGUCGACACGAGCGACAACAACAACAGCAACAGCAACAGCAGAGCAUCCGCAACAAUGAUUACCGAAACGCUCGAAUACCAAAGCAAAGCAGCUCAAGCGGCGACGACGACAACAACAACAAUAACAAUAACAACGGAAACGAAGAAGGCAAGCAAAAUGUCGUCACAAACGCAAAUAGCAAUCAGCAAUAAUGGCAAAAACAACAAAAAUCACAAAAAUUACAAAAAUGGCAAAAGGAAUAAUGACAUUGCUGGCAAUACAACGACAAUAAUUGCAACAACAACAACAGCAACACCAGCUAGAGAGAACUCAAUAAAAACACAGUCAACAAAAAGGCGCACAACAACAGCAACAACAAGUGAAGGCGCAACAGCAGCAGCAAUGCCACAAAGCAAUCAAUUUGACUCAAAGCACAUUUUAUAUAAUAACAACAAUAGCAAGAACAAUAACAGCAAAAACCUCAACAACUUCAAGCUGUCGACUACAACGACGUCAACGACGUCGACGACGACGUCGGUGUCGACGGAAACGGAUGAGCAAAUGGCUGUGGCGUUGGCACUAAAUGGGGAAAUGGAAGUGGAUCGUCAAUAUCAACAACGCAAAUUUUCCGCAUCAAAGGCGGAGAAGAAUGUUAACAACAACAACAGCAACAAACCCUCCUCUGUUGCCGUCAACACACACAAUUAUGCGACACUCCCCUACCACGCGCAACAAGCCCACGCCCAGUCGCACUCUCAGUCCCACCAUUCAACGCAGUCGCUCCGUCGUUGGGUGCGCGAGGCGAAGGACGAGGAGCCCGUAGACAAAUGUCGACAAUUUGUUGAGGGCGACACGGAGAAAAAUGAAUUCUACAGUCCCGAUUUUCCGAAUAAUUAUCCAAAGAACAUUAACUGUACACGCAUUAUUACAGCGCCGCCAGGACAGAUAAUCCGUUUAGAUUUUCGUAAUUCAUUCAACAUUGAAGCGAAGGACGAUUGCAAAUUUGAUGUUCUUGAGAUACGUAACGGCCAGUAUGGGUUCUCGGAUUUGAUUGGGAAAUUUUGUGGUACAAAUUUUCCACCUGAAAUCACAUCGAAGGAACGUUAUCUUUGGUUGCAUUUCCAUUCGGAUGAGAGUAUUGAGUAUGAAGGCUUUACGGCUGUUUACGAGUACAUCGAUCGGAGUAAAGAAGCGCCAAGCACCGAUCUAAAUUGCACAAUCGAAAAGGGUGACUUCGAGGGUUACGCCAACUCCACGGAUGUGCCCGACAAUAUACGCGAGACAGUAUUGAAGAAUAGAGUGCCAUUGGAUUGUAUAUGGCAAAUAAAAGUGGAGGAGAAAUGGCGGAUACAAGCGAAAUUCAUAGAUUUUAGAUUAAGCAAGCCCAAUGACUGUGACGCGAAUUUCAUAGAUGUGUUUCCCGAAGAAACCGUAAUGCCACGUAGAAUAAAAAACUUUUGCGGCUCUGCUGGCGAGGCCAUCACAUCCGAUUCGAAUGUAUUGAAUAUACGUUUUUUCGCCGAACAAGCGGCCAUCAAUUCAACAUUUUCCAUUUUAUACACAGCUUUUCACGAUCGUGGACCAAGCGGUUGUGCUGAAGGCGAGUACGAUUGCGAGGAUGCCACAUGCAUUUCGGGGCUGCUGCAGUGUAACCAACGUGAUAACUGUAAAUUUCGCUGGGACGAAGAUGGCUGUAAUAAUAAACCCUCUGAGGAUUCUGAGCAUAUUGUAAUUAUCAUGAUUGUCUUCGGUCUAAUAUUGGGUGGCAUGAUUAUCACAUUCCUAGUAAAUUGUAUACGCAAGAUAAUCCAUGAUCAGAAAAUCAUACGGGAACACAUACGCCAAUCGAAGGAGAGUAAGCUGAAUGAGUUGGGCCGCAGUUCAAAGGCGCGCUCAAGAGAGAAUUUAUCGAGCACAAUGUCGAGACCCAAGCAUUCGCAGACAUCCUUGCAAAUUCUUGACGACACAUCGAAUCGCUACUAUCGCGAAGUAGUGCCCAUGUCGCGCGCCAGCAGCAAAAGUGAUCUCAAGGAACGUGAGCACAGCAUACUCCGGCAUCGCAACGACAUGGUGGUGCAGACAAGCUUUUGCGUUGACGACAACAGCUCCGGCACGACGGUGGAGGCAUCGAUGGCGGCAAAUGCCUGUGAUAUGGGCUGUCAGACGCGCGAGUCGCUUUUCGCCGCACCAUUGAUGCAUCAGAGUUCGAUGGGCUCGCUUAAGGACAAGGCUAGUCUACACUCACGCUCGCGUUUUUCCACAUUUGGCUAUGAGGGUGCACAACAGCCCACGCCAGCUCCAUCGGCACCAGCAACAAGCGCGCCUCAUCAACGUGCUCAACUAACGGGUUUAAAUAUACGCGACGCACAAGGCUACAUCGAGAUGAGAGAGCGACAUCCUGCACCCAAGCCGGGCAUGCCACAUAUGCAUCGCAUGAAUGCUUUGCCACCCACACCGCCCACGCCGGCUGUGUCGACGGCGGAGAUGUGCCAUCAUCAUCAUCAACAUGCACAUACGCACGCACACAGUCAACAGCAAUCACGCCAGCAAUCAACAUUGCAACAACAACUACAACAACAACAAUCAACACAGCAUCAACACCAGCAACAGUUGUCAGAGAGUGCGACGGAUGGCGGUGGUGGCGGCGGUGGCAGGUCAACCGCGACAUCAACGGCGACGCCAGCUCAGGGAAAAGCCAAGCCGAAGUUAAGUCAAUCGACUGCUUACAUAGACAUUAGAAAUUCAGCGCCGGAUGUCAUCAUAAUGACAUCGCAUUGACAUUUAAGUAACUCGACGAAAAUCACGCCACAUCCACAUGGGAGCACACAACACCAGAAGCAACAGCAACAGUGCUUAUAUCAACAACAACGACAACAACAACAACAGCAGAAACGCAUUAGCGCGACACUCGACAGACUGUUGCAAUGUGCUGCCGGCAGCAGUAAUUCGGGCAAUGCAAUGGAGCGGCAAUUCGAGUGAGAAACAACCAAACAAGAAAUAUACAUAUGUGUAUGUAUGCACGUAUGUGUGCUUGUAUGAAUGUAUGUAUGAUAGGUAUGUAUGUAUAUGUAAAACUCGCACAAAUAAGGAAAUCAUUUGGUUAGUUAAAAGCUUUUAAGCGCACGAAUGUACAUAAAUACAUAUUUACAGCGUUUACACUUUCAUAUGUAUGCAUGUAUACGCAUAUCUGUGAAGAUACAUAAAUUUUCGUAUUACUCAAACAUGAUUGAGUUGAGAAAGUUGAUUUUUGAACCAAGGAAAUAGACAAUUUCAUACGCAAAAUCAUUUCCAAAUAGGAAAUGGAAAGCUUUUAAUGCUCUAAGAAAUGUUUUAAGAUAAUUUUUCAAUACGGUUUUCAUAUCCGGGAAGGAUUUAUUAUUAUUUAAAUAAAAAAUAUAUAUGUGACGAAAGAAAAAGUUUGGAAAUUAUUUAUAAAAUUUAUACUAUUCAUUCAUGCAUUUGGCAUGCGAGUUUGGCUCAUUCUAUCAAAAUUCAAAAAGAAUUCGAAAACUUUUUAUUUAUUUUUAACCCUUGUUAUGCUCAGCGUUCCUAUGUCACUUUAUAAAUUCUUCACCUCUGUUUUAAGAUAUUCCGUCCUAUUUCCAUGCCCUAGCGGUUUUGAACACCAUUUAUGAUUAUACUUGCAUACAACAAAAUAAAAGCUAAAAGCUCUACUGGCUAUGGUCGACCUUAGCAGAUACAAUCACAAGUUUUUGUUUAAACUUCUCUAGGUGGUGGUGUGUCUUUCGUUCCUUUUCUUCGCUUUUUGGCGCCAGUUGAAAAUACUUAGUGACACCAGGUCGCUCUGCAACGAAUCAGGAUGGGAAUGAUGAGAAGCUUCUUGAGUUUUAAUUUUGUUUUGUAGAGUGAAGACUUUACUUUUCAAUUGCCUACUCAGCUCAAAAUAGCACCUUUUGGCAAGAGUGUCCCUACAUUAAAUUUAAAGGGUGACUUUAUUAUAGAUAUAGAUGUUAAUGCUGGCUCCUUGUAAGACCAAAUUGAAAUUAUUCAGUUGCUGCACUGCCCAGGCUUUGAAUUCAUGAUCCUCCGCAUAGUUGCAUUUACUGCUAAUCACUCGGCUACUGCGGCCAAAAAAUGACUAACGAUUUAGUUUGAAGUGUGUUAGAAAGUUUCGAUAUUCAAAAAAUACAUAUUAAAAAAUGUCACGCUAGAGGGCGCUGUAGUAAGUCAGUUUAAAUAUAUUUUUUUAUUACUUUUAAACGAAUGAGACCAUAUUACGGUAUACGAUUAUCACUCUUAUCACUCUUCUAUAUUUACCAGAAAACUAUUCAAAACACGUGAGGCAGUUUGUGUUGAAAAAAUGCCUGGGGUUUUAUAUUUCUAAAAACCUACUUAAAGAGCUUAGCCGAAAUCAGACUGGGUAUAAUUGUGGGUAUGUAAGUAACAAAUAUAUCUGAGCUGCAACUUUAUUUAGUUUUUUUUUAAUAUAAUCCUCCUCCGUAAGCUUUUCACCGAUUAACUUAAAGUUUGGACAGAUUGUUUUACAUGGCUCCAAGGAAGGUUUAUACUUAAAAAUUCUUUCUAGAGCUGGACUAGGGGCUCACCUAUUCGGAAAAAGUCGUAUUAUUUUGCUUUUCGCUUUGAGUCUUAGGUAGACUACUCUUCUCUCCGGAAGUCACCCAGGAUCCGAACUAUUCGUUAUAUAUCGUUAAUUUUGAUUCGAUUCAUUUAAAAUUCUUUUUUUUUUUACGGAAGUGGAUCAAUCCAUUUAAAAAAAUAUACAUAUCGAUGGUUCGUUGUGAUGAAAUUUUUGGAUGAUAUGCCUAAAUGGAAUGCUUUUGUUUUCCGGACAUAGCUCAGUGGCCUGAAACCAAGUUCGUUUUGCUCGAAAUAUAUUAAAUAAUACUUUAGUUACGUGAAGGGUAUCACCGACAGAUUGUCAAACAAACAUUGUUGUUAUUUAGAGCUUUUCUUAAACGCUCAACUUGAAUGUAAAGAAACGUAGAUCCGAAUGGUGAGUUCGUCUUUCUUCGGAGCAUUCAAAUUGAUGUUUUCGUGAAACACCCUGUGCAGCAAAGAAGUGCCAAGACGAAAGUCACAAAUUUAACGAUGAGCUCGUUUUUUCUUAUUCCUUUUUUUAUUAUUCUUUCGCUUUAUUAUAUAUUCCUAAA